AUGAUUUCCAAGACGUUCGUUACCGCUUUCGUAGCGACUUGCCUGAUGGUUGGCUCCAUCGCCAGUCCAUGCAAAGUCAGCUCCAGGACAACUGAAGCGUCCACCACCGGAGGUGCUUCAACCACAAUCGCUUCCACCGAGACUACAGCAAACGCAGAGACCACCGCAGUUACCGAGAAGGCUUCCAGUACUGUCGAGGAUACCACCACCACUGGUCUUUCCAGCAUUGCGCUUUCGACGACUGAGCAGUUGAGCGUCACCAUCACCGUGUCCGGGGGCAGCAUUGCGACCACCCUUGCUACUACGACCGUUAUCUCGUCCAGCCAAGACUCUUCAGUGGCAGACUCGACAUCCACUGAGGCCGAGAGUACCGUGACCAGCAACGAAUCUGUCGCGACGACUACCGAUGGUACAGCCACUGCAGUUGCCACCACCACUGAGGCUACCACCACCACGGCGGAAGCCACUUCUGGUCCAUCAUUCAUCGCCAACGCCGGUUUCGAAGACUCCUCUGAAUCAGUUUUACCUUGGUCACUGUCUACAUUAUCAACGACCACCCUAACCGUUGACACGAGCAUCAGUCAUGACGGCCGAAACUCCGCCCACCUCGGCUUCUCUGAUCCAGUCCAAAACUCCAUUCAGCAACAACUUGAAGGCCCGAUCAUGGCUGGUGUGACAUAUAGAAUGUCUGCCUGGGUUCGCGCAAGCGAGGGAUGUGCCGGAACAUACAUCGAGUGCGGGUACCAAGGCGAUGAAUUCGUGAAUGGCGAAACCUUCCAGCUUGACUCUGAGGCGGCUGACCAGUGGCGGCAAAUUUCGGCCACCUGUACCUACACUCAGGCCCAGUUAGAUGCUGGGGAUCUUUACAUGCUGGUGGGCUUUGGCUGCCCGGUCGGUAACAACGAUGCCUAUGUUGACACUGUGGGCUUUACUAUUUAA